AUGUUUCUCGUGAUAUGUGGUCAUAACAUGACACAACAUUCGGUUGGGCUCUUAUUUGGACGAGCACAAGAAACGGUUGGACGCAAGUUUCAACAGUGUCUAAAAGCAUGUAAGAAACUAAGUGGAAAAUUAUUAAGAAAGCAGUCUCCAGAGCAACUACGACAAGUACCCCGAGGUUUACGAGACAAUCGUCAAUACUGGCCUUAUUUUAAUGGUUUUAUUGGUGCAAUGGACGGCACUCAUUGUACAGUCAUGGUGACGGGUGGUGAAGCAGCUCGAUUUUACAACAGGCAUUCCCAAACAAGCAUUAAUGUUUUGGCGAUAUGCAAUUAUGAUAUGUUAUUCACUUACAUAUUUGUAGGCUGUCCUGGAUCAGUACAUGAUGCUAGAGUUUUGUCGUAUGCAAUGGAGCGUGAUUCAACAUUUCCGACUCCUCCGCCGUCCAAGUACUAUCUUGUUGAUUCUGGUUAUGCUAACACAAGAGGAUAUUUAGCUCCAUUUAGAGGUCAUAGGUAUCAUUUGCCACAUUUUCAAGUAGGCUCUCCACCUAGAGAUGAAGAAGAGUUAUUUAAUAGAUGGCAUUCUUCUCUCCGCUCAGUGAUCGAACGAACAUUUGGAGUUUGGAAGAAAAAGUGGAGAAUUUUAUCAGAGUUUCCGAGAUAUGAUCUGGAUACACAAAACGAUAUAAUCAUAGCGACAGCUGGUUUGCAUAACUUCAUUCGUCUUUCUCAAAUUCCAGAUUUUGAUUUUGAUGAUGCUUUACAUGUUGACGCAAUUCCAAGAGAACAAUUUAAUAACAAUGGAGAAGGUGGAGAGAACGAAGAAGUAAACUAUUUGCAAGAACAAGAAGAAACAACAGAUGGUGCUUAUAUGCAAGCAAUACGAGAUGGAAUUAAGCAGCAAAUAUGGGAUAAUUUUCAUUAA